AUGCUGUCUCCGUUGAAGCCGUCUGCUCCGUCGGCAUCACUGCUGCGGUUCUUGCACUCCCAGUCUGGCUCUGUGGCCAGUCUCUCAGCAUGCGCCCCCCUUAAGCCGCGACCUUCAAAUGAUAACAACCUCGCGAUAGGAUCGUCGCGAAGAUCCUCGAGCUGGGCUCGUCCUGAGAAGUCACGAUGCGUCGCCACAUUUAACUCGAAGCUCUCAUUAGCCUCUACUCGACCGAAGGCUGAGAUAGUCUCCCGCGCACUUGAACAAAUAAUCUUCUCCCGUCCCUCCUCCACGGCCCGUCGGCCAUUCCUCAAACGGCUUUUCGAUCUCAGGAAAAGCAAGACAGCUGAAUAUAAGAACACCCAGAAUGGGCCCGCUUGGAUUGAUGAGGGGACUGAUGGAAUAUUUAACAUUGGCCGUGGAUUGGCGGCCAAGGCUUCGAACGAGUUACGGAUAAGAUGUACGGAGUUUGAUAACAAUGGGAAUGUCACUCUGGUGAACGGAGAGUUCCGAAAGAUGGAAUUGAUUGCCAAGUACGGCCUUCUCCCUCGAGACCUACGCAAGAUCGAUUCCUCGACUCUACCCCACAUCCUCGUCCGCCCGAGCGCUAUCUUGAUCAACCUCUUGCAUCUACGAGUCCUCAUCAAAGCCGAUCGGGUCCUUGUAUUUGAUGCCUACGGCUCGACAGACUCCUACAUGCAGUCCCUUUUCAUCUAUGAUCUGGAAGCCAAAUUACGCCAGAAGACGUCGGUCGCGCAGGCUGGUCCAGCUUUACCCUACGAACUUCGUGCUUUGGAAGCCGUUCUUAUUAGCGUCACGACCGGGUUAGAAGAAGAAUUUAAUGGUGUGAGGGAUCCUGUUGUCCGGGUCCUGCGGGCGCUCGAGGAAGACAUUGAUCGUGAUAAGCUGCGACAUCUCUUGAUUUACUCGAAGAAGCUCGGUACAUUUGAGCAGAAGGCUCGACUAGUCCGAGAUGCUAUUGAUGAUCUCCUGGAGGCGGACGAUGAUCUUGCUUCUAUGUACCUGAGCGAAAGAGCAAAGGGCAAGGAACGCGAUGAGGAUGACCACCAAGAAGUGGAGAUGUUGCUGGAGUCAUACCAUAAAGUCUGUGAUGAAAUUGUUCAGGCGAGCGGUAAUUUGGUGACAAAUAUUCGCAAUACCGAAGAAGUCAUCGGCACUCUGUCCCUUGCUGCAGGAACAUUAUUCUCUGCCCUUUACGGAAUGAACUUGAAGAACUUCAUUGAAGAAUCCGAUUUUGGCUUCGGCGGUGUCUCCGUCAUCUGCUUUGGCAUCACCGCCAUAGUCAGUGUAUACGGUCUUGCUAAGUUGCGCAAACUCCAGCGCGUCCGCAUGUGGGGUGAAUCUGGAGUUGGAAGCAACUCUUUGAGCCCUCUAACCACCAGGUGCGGCGCGGUUGGACAGCGUGCCAAUUGGCGUGCUGACUCCAUCGAGCCCGUUUGGGGCAGUCUUCCUGGCGAGGCGCGAUCUGAGCGGAUCGAACGCCUCCGUAAGAGUGCGGCUGCGGCUGCGUCAAACUCUGCGGCAAAAAGCGCUGCUGCAUCUGCUUCUAGAGCCGGUCCAGCACAGACUUCAUCUUCUGUUUUUGAAAACGCCUUGGAUGCUGAACGCACCAAGGCAGCUGAACAGACAUCUCAAGAGCCUGCUUCGGGUAAGAAGCUCUACUGA